CUCAUAUAGGAACAAGAACCAAGCUGAACAACUCGCUCCCUCUCCUCUCAUUCAGUGCACGAGGGAGGACUGCUCACAGCCUGGGAGCCCGGCGCUCCCCUCCACCGCGACCAUCGCUGGCCGAGCACACCUGAGAUGAUUCUCACCCCGCUUCUGGCUGCUGUUUUGCUACAUUUGCUCCAACAAGGGAGCACGAGCAAGAAGCUACCUGAAGUUGAGCAAUAUGAAGUAGUUUAUCCACGGAAACUGCACACAGUGCACAGAAGAGACGUAGAGAGAAACAAAGAGACCAAAUAUGAUGACACAAUGGAGUAUGGAAUCAAAGCCAACGGAGAGGAAGUCAUACUGCAUCUACAAAAGAACAAGCACCUAUUGGCUAGAGACUACACUGAAACAGUUUACUCUGACGACGGGCGACAAAUAACCACAAGUCCUCAGAUCAAGGAUCACUGUUAUUAUGAAGGUUACAUUCAGAAUGAUGCUGAUUCCAUAGCGAGCAUCAGUGCCUGCAAUGGCCUAAGUGGCUAUUUUGAGACCCGUGGUCAGAAGUACCUCAUUGAACCCUUGGGAACCUCAGACAGCGAUGAGCACGCAGUCUACAAGUACGAGAAACUCAAACAGAAGUCCAUCAAAACCUGUGGUCUGGUCAAUAAUACCUGGGAAGAAGACUCAAAUGACCCCACUGGUGACAUCUUCAAAUCCAGCAACAGCCCAGAGAUGAAAGCAUACCUGAAGGCAAAAAAGUAUCUGGAAGUCUACAUAGUUGCAGACAACAGUUUGUAUGAGAAGUAUGAGAAAAACGUGAAAACUGUAAGGCAAAGGAUCUUUGGAAUGGUCAAUUACGUCAACACGGUUUAUAAGGCCAUUAACAUCUACGUGGCUUUAAUUGGCCUGGAAAUCUGGACAGACGCUGACAAAUGCCUCCUGAGCCACGCUGCAGGGUUCACACUGGACAGUUUCUCCAAGUGGAGGCUCUCAGACUUGUUGAAGAGGAAAAGGAACGACAACGCUCAGCUGAUCACAGGCUAUGACUUUGAGGGGACAACGAUUGGAUUAGCCUUUCUCAAGUCCAUCUGCAGUGAUACAUAUUCUGCAGGUAUUAUUCAGGACCACAACAGAAACGAAAUCGCAGUUGCAGCUACCAUGGCCCACGAGAUGGGACACAACCUUGGCAUGAGCCACGACACCAAAGCCUGCACGUGCAGCGCCGAAGUUUGCAUCAUGACAGACACUGUCAGUUCCAUCAUCCCCAAGAAAUUCAGCUCGUGCAGCCUCCAAAGUUUUGAGAAAUACAUGCUAAGCGACAUGCCCAAAUGCUUAACUGACAUCCCAGAUAAAAACAGCAUCAUAGCACCUCCAUCCUGCGGGAAUGGCUUUGUGGAGAAAGGAGAGGAAUGCGACUGUGGUACUCCUGAGGAGUGCACAAACGAGUGCUGCGAGCCCGAGUCAUGCAAACUGACGGCAGGUUCCGCGUGUGCACAUGGAGAGUGCUGUGAAAACUGCCAGUACAAGCAGUCAGGAGCUGUCUGCAGAGCAGCUAAGCACGACUGUGACCUGGCUGAGAUGUGCACUGGCUUCUCUGAGCACUGCCCAGCAGAUCGAUUCCGCGUCAACGGGCAUCCCUGCAACUACGGCGAGGGCUACUGCUACAUGGGACAGUGUCCCACUCGGGAAAACCAGUGCAAAGCUGCUUUUGGAGCACAGGCCACCGAAGGCGCAGCCUCCUGUUACCGGAUGAACGAGAAAGGGGUAUAUUAUGGAUACUGCAGGAAAGAAAAAGGCAGUCACGUCCCAUGUGAAAAAAAAGACACAAUGUGUGGGAAGCUGUUCUGCACCGGGGGGAACGAGAUGCCCCGGGAUGGGAGCCUGGUGACUUUUGAGUCCUGCAAAGCAAGUUUCCCUCGAAAUGGAGAAGCAGACCCAGGGAUGAUUCUCAAUGGAACCAAGUGCGGGAACGGGAUGGUGUGCAGCAAUGGAGAAUGUGUCUACAUUGAAGAUGUCUUUAGGUCAACCAACUGCUCUGCCAAGUGUCCUGGACAUGCUGUGUGUGACCACGAGCUGCAAUGCCAGUGCGAGGAAGGAUGGGCACCACCAACCUGCGACAGCUCCUCCGCAGUUACCAGCUUUGCUAUAGUCGCUGGUGUGCUGGUUGUCCUCGCUGUCACGGCAACCGCGGCAGUGGUCCUCAUCCGCUCCCGAGUGUUCAAGAAGAGCUGCCAGACCAGAAGGGGACCUGGAGCCACGAACCAAGUCUUUGUGGAUCAAGAACAAAGGCACAGAGAACACCCUGUCCUGCCAGUACCUGCCCAGAAGAUGAACGACAAGAAACUUCUCCUCCCUGUACCUCCGCUGCAGGAGAACAAGCCACAGCUCCACAGUCCUGCCAUAAGGCCAAGAGGUCCCCCACCUCCUGUUCCUCCUACCAAGCCAGCCCCUUCUCUCACAGAAGAGAUCUUUGUACCAGAGAGAAAGCCAGCUCAUCUUCCAGUCCCCAAAGGCAAACGUCCACCUCCACCUCCACCUCAGGCUUUAAAACCUCCAAUGAACCCCAGGGUAUGAAGCUUCUGAAGCUGGGGUGAUGGAGAUACCUGAAAUCCUCAGGGACAAGUUGUUUGCCCCUUGAUUCCUCCACUUCUGCAAAGACAACCAAGAAUGCCUUCCUGUGCUCUUUAAUACAAGAACAACCAACUGACAGCUUUGAAAGGACAGGCUUGGUUUGCAAAGAGCAAGGAACAAUUUGGUGAUGCCACCAUGCUACUGUCCAAAAGCAAACAGAAGCAGAACUGCUGCUUGCACCAAGGUGUAGACUGGGAGUAAGCUGUGAAAGCUGCCUAGCACAUCCUAACUCCUAGGCCACUGCUGCAAGAGGUGGCUGCACUGGGAUGCUCUGCACCUACACAGCUUUCCUGGGCACAGACCUGAGUUCAUCAGGGAAGUACAGAGCCAGGCUUGUGAAGUGUAAACUCCAUUUCUGGAUCUCUGCAGCCCCCUCUUCAACACCAGACCAGGCCUUGUCCUUCGAGUGCAGGUUCUGGGAAGAGGAAAAUCCUUCUCAUUGGAGAACAGUUUGUGUCCUCAAACCUGAACCCGCCUUGGAAUAAUGAGAUUAUGCACUGGAAACGCACUGAUUCUGGAAAGAUCCUUUUGGACCGAAUUCUCUUAUUAAUCCCUUAGGUUACCUGUGACACAAGAUUCCUCUGUUGGGCAGGUGGAGCUGGGGACGUGCUCCAAAGCAAAGCACGCAGGAGCCAAGCCACUUGCUGCUUACAAGUGCUCCCAGCGUUCUGGCUGUGCCAGUGGAAGGAGAGCUCCAGCUG